AUGUCUGGUCGCUUUGUCCGGUCGUCGAAAUAUCGACACGUUUUCGGUCAACCUACAAGACGAGAACAAUGCUAUGACAACCUGCGUGUGUCCGCCAAUGCGUGGGAUACAAACUUGCUCAAGGUUAACCCACAAUAUCUUGCUGUGAACUGGGAAACUGGCGGUGGUGGCGCUUUCGCAGUUAUUCCCCUCGAAGAACGGGGCAAGCUGCCCGAGAGAAUUCCCUUGUUCCGAGGACACACUGCGGCUGUGCUAGAUACCGACUGGAAUCCUUUCAACGACUCGUUGAUUGCUUCUGGAUCUGAUGACGGAAAGAUAUUCCUUUGGCGUGUCCCCGACAACUUCACUGUUCGCCCCGACGUCGAGCCCGACAAUGUCCAAGACAUAUCUCCAGUUGGGAAACUGAGCGGCCACUCGAGGAAAGUUGGUCAGGUGCUUUUCAACCCCGCUGCCGAGAACGUGCUCGCAACAGCUUCAGGCGAUUUCUCCAUCAAAAUAUGGGAUAUCGAGGCUGGCGCCACCAAAUUUACCCUAAAGCUGGGCGAUUCGAUCCAGUCGCAAUCAUGGAGCGCCAACGGAUCGCUCCUAGUCACUACGUCUCGUGACAAGAAGCUCAGGAUAUGGGAUGUCCGUCAGGAACGCCCAGCCGUGGAAACCGCCGGCCAUUCAGGAGCAAAGAACAGCCGGGCUGUAUGGAUGGGUGAGCACGAUAGGAUUGCGACCACUGGUUUCUCCAGGAUGAGCGAUCGCCAACUUGCAUUGUGGGAUGUGCGCGCCGCGCGUGAGCCUAUCAGCGGGUUCAAGACACUUGAUUCGAUCUCUGGUGUCUGCGUUCCCUUCUGGGAUGAUGGUACUCAAUGCUUGUACUUGGCUGGAAAAGGUGAUGGCAACAUUCGUUACUAUGAAUUCCAAAACGACAAAUUCGAAUAUCUCACAGAAUACAAGUCAGGCGAUCCUCAGCGUGGCUUGGCAUUCAUGCCCAAGCGCGGUGUGAAUAUUCAUCAGAAUGAGGUUGUUCGGAUCUACAAGUCAGUUUCCGACACCUACAUCGAACCUAUCUCUUUCAUUGUUCCUCGCCGGUCCGAAAAUUUCCAAGAUGAUAUCUAUCCGCCUGCGAUUGGCAUUACGCCUGCUAUGACCUCGUCUGAAUGGAUUAAUGGCAAGGAAGCCAUUCCUCCAAAGAUAUCUCUGGAAAGCCUUUUCGAGGGAACUGGCCUGAAAGAGGUCACACCUAGCCAAGAAAAGCCAACAUCUACAAUAACCGCCUCAGCACCUCAACCUGCAGAACCUGCCAAACCUGCCAAACAAGCCGAGCCCGUUCGCGCUGAGCCGACCCCAGUGGUCCGACCAGCUCCUUCGAUGAAGGACCAAGGAGCUUCGAUGUCAGCCAUGGUUGAUAAGUUUGCUGACAAUGAAGAGAAAGAUGAUGUCGAUGACACUUCCAGCUUUGAGGAAGUCGCUAGACCCGUUGAACAAGCUCCACCUUCUCCGGUGAAGACUACCCCUCCAGUCAAGGAGGAACCAGUCAAACAGACGAUAACGCCAGUGGCCUCCACUCCAACAACCGCCACUCCAAAGGUGUCGCAAUCGCCACCUGAGUCCUCAGGAUCUGUCAAGGACGAUAUUGCCGAGAUCAAAGCAUUGAUCGCUCAGCAGACGAAGACAAUCGCAUCUCAGGCCGAACAAGUGAAAUAUCUUACCGCAGAGAUCGAGUCACUCAAGUCAAAACUCGAUAACUAA